GCGGAAGUUUAAUGGAUUGCGCAUUUCGACGCCAAAAAUAAUAAUAUGUCAGAACGCACAAGAAAAUAGACCCGUCAAGGCUCUCAUGUAAGACAUUCAAAAAUCUAAAUCUACAUUAAAAAAAUUAUAAAAAAAAUUGGUGGUUUGCUGAAGCCGCAGCAACCACCCUCCUCUGCCAUCGCCCACCACCGCCACCGCCCGGUGGUAGGUGACUCUUUUUCCGAACCUCCAGGCUCCGAAUACCCAUUGGCUCGUCUGGAUUAAAGAGGGAAAACUUGGGGCCUAAAGAUGGAAACUAGAUCAGAAAACUUUUCUGUGGAUUUUCUGAUGGGGGGAACGGCAGCCAUUGUAGCAAAAAGUGCUGCAGCGCCAAUUGAGAGAGUAAAACUUUUGUUGCAGAAUCAGGGAGAAUUGAUGAAGAGAGGUCAACUUAAGAGACCUUAUAUGGGAAUCGGUGAUUGCUUUCAAAGAGUUUUGCGGGAGGAGGGUCUUGUCUCAUUGUGGAGGGGAAACCAGGCCAAUGUUAUAAGAUAUUUCCCAACUCAGGCUUCCAACUUUGCUUUCAAAGGUUACUACAAGACUCUCUUUGGAUAUUCAAAAGAGAAAGACGGAUAUGUCAAGUGGUUUGCAGGCAAUGUGGCUUCAGGUAGCGCUGCUGGAGCAACUACUUCUCUGUUCCUUUAUCACUUGGACUACGCAAGGACUCGCUUGGCAAUGGAUGCUAAGGAGUGCCCACUUACUGGUAAACGUCAGUUUAAGGGGCUAAUCGAUGUUUACUCUAAGACAUUGUCAAGUGAUGGAGUUGUUGGCCUUUAUCGGGGUUUUGGCGCCUCAAUUAUGGGAAUAACUCUGUACCGAGGCAUGUACUUUGGGCUCUAUGACUCCAUGAAGCCAAUUGUUUUAGUUGGACCCUUACAGGACAAUUUUUUUGCCAGUUUCCUGUUGGGUUGGAGCAUAACGACUUCCUCUGGGGUAUGUGCCUACCCAUUUGACACAGUACGCAGAAGAAUGAUGCUAACUUCAGGGCAAGAAACAAAGUAUAGGAACUCCAUGCAUGCACUCCGUGAAAUUAUACGCGUUGAAGGUUUUGCUGCACUUUUUAGAGGAGUAAGCGCAAAUAUGCUAUAUGGUGUAGCAGGGGCUGGAGUACUUGCGGGGUAUGAUAAAUUACACCAAAUUGUAUAUAGACCUGCGUACAGUUUUGAGUCCCAAAGAGCCUUCAACAAGUAAGACGUUUGCAUGAAUAUUGGAUACAUGUAUACAACACUAUUUCAUUUGCAUACAGAAGUAUGAAUUCUUGGCAGAAGCAGAGGUGAAGAAGAGCAUUCAUUUCACCGACUGAUUUUAAAGAAACGAAAGCAACAGUAUGCAGCAGGGUGCUUGCGCACAAAUGUUAUAGCUCCGUGAAUAUGAAGUUCCGUGACUUGUGGUGCUGUAGACCAUAUGCUUAUAUGUUGUGGAUCAUCGGAGCAAAACAAUGAAGUACUUGGUGUCAUACAAGACUACACUGUGAAGACUCUUGUUCCAUCUGACUAUUAUUUCUCCCCUCUCAACUUCUUUUGAAUUGACGCUUGGCAAGAGUUACCAUGUGCAUAUACAAGAAUAAACAAGGCAGAAUAAAUGAAAUAAGGGCCUCCAUCCUGUAUUUUCUGUACAGUCCAUUCUAAACUUUGUUUUCUUUGCUUUUUACCUCCACUGAUCAUCUUGUGAUAAUCUAAACUUUUCACUUGUUAAUGAAUAGGUUGAUACUGAGGCCUUUUUCUUUUACAUAAAUAGGUUGAAAGUGCAAAUAGUAGAAGAUCAGUUCACCUGUAUAAAUACAUUGAUUUUCUUGGCAUGAUAUGAUUGUUACCUUGUGUUAAUAUCUUCACUUUUGUGA